AUGGUUAAACCAGACUUUUGGGCCCAGCCUCUUCGCUACAUUAGAUGGAGUGCUCACGAACAACCCACCCUCUUCUACACUGUCAUCAUUGGUGCUGCCGGACCUCUUUUCGCUCUUACUCUCACUCCCCUGCGAAGGAAGUAUCUCUUUGCUGAUGCCCCUGAGAUUCCUCUGACUUACCCUCUUCCUCAAGCCAGAAACAAGGAACUUGCCGGCUACGAUGACGAGUAA